UCAAGUACAAACGCGUGUGGGCCAGAGGUUUGUGCUACCUUGCGCUUUAUUCAUCUGCGUCUAUGUGAAAGAAAACUAGAGACAUGGAUAUGAUUCACGACAUUUUGCAUGUCUUUUCGUGUGUGUGUGUGCGAUAGUCACAUCUGUUUUCAGGCACAGAACAUGGGCUUUGUCAAAAGCACUCUUCACUCUCCCUCGAAGGCAUGCUGAGAAGUCACCUCUCUCCUUUGAGUCCCCCUCUCCUCGCGACAGCAGAGCCGCUUUUGCUUUCCUUCAGCACCACUUCCCAUCCUAUUCUCUCUCUGUCCCCUACAUUCCCGAAACGCUUACCAGCGAGCGUCAGCGCAGAGAGAUGACGAGCAAUUUGGGGAAAUAAAUCACGUUUCAGCGCAAUUUAUUCCUUCGAAAAAUAGAGGAUGAUGAGAACAUAGAAGAAAAUAACAUAGUCAGUAAAGAAGCAAAAGGAGGAAUCACUAAUUAUUAUAACCUAACGCACAAGUUCGUCAGCGGUCCAGCUGUCGGCAUAUUUAAUUUAUUUCGGGUUAAUUGCACAUUUACUGUAGACUAGCUAUGUCGCAGCGGGAGGAUAUUGAAAAAGGCAGAGGGGGGUAGGCUGCUGAGAGAGAGGGAGAUAGCCUUGGCAGCACAUUAUUAUAAUGAUGCUGAGUGAGUGACUGAUCCACGCAUUCAAAUUGCGCUGGCGACUUUAAUUUGGAACUACAAUUCAGCAAGGGCGAUAUUGUAUUUUCGUCUGCUUCUGGAAGGCAUCGGGAGGAACCUGCAAAUUGCCCGAACAAUGCUCCAAGUGGCGCCUUUUAUCAGGCUCGGAAGAAAGAAAACGGAGCAAAGGACGACUGCUAUAGAGAGAGUCACUGUGAAAGGCUGAGGCCACAGUGGAGCAUCAAACGACAGGUGUGACUGAAGAGGCAUUUCAUCCCCUCUGAUCAACAACAGAGAGGAAUCUGUCUCUACUGCCGUCAGGACAGGUCGACCUAAAAAAAAAGAUUUUCAAAAGUUUCAAGAACGCUACCCUCAAACAAGCAAGGCUGACGAUAUCAAGUCUUUGAAUGGGACUGAGUAUCAUGUCUUAUGAUUGGCCUCAGUUCAUUUGUUUUCAAAUACCAAAGCCUAAUAAUGGUUGACAUGGUUUAAUGCUCGCAAUGUUGUUAGUUCAAGAACACUUUUCUGUCUCCUAGAAGACUAAUAUAUUUGUGGGGAUUCCGUUUUGGUAAAGGAACUGAGGCAUAGAAUAGAAUAGAAUAGAAUAGAAUAGAACAGAAUAGGGCAACAGGAUCUUAGGCUAAACCUACUUUUAAUAUUUUUAGAUCCGUCUAAAUAUUCAGUCUCCUUAGUAUAUUCCAUCCCCAUUCUGCCCAGCUCUGAGAGGGAAACAGAUAAGAUGAUGUGGACUCCACUCCGAUUGGGAUAUGGCUUUGAGAUCAGACAUUCCGGGAAUCGAAGCGAGGGCUCUACUGAGAUAGAGCGCACCCGGUUACUCCCACAGCCAGCAGCAUUUUCUCUGAAGGAUUUUUUUCUUGGGAAAAUCCAAGCCCACACCAAGGCCUAAGGCAAGUGUACAGUAGGGCUGCCUGGGAGUAGUCUGAAUCCUGGCGGUGGACUGGAUCUAUUUAUCCACUGCACCAGGACCCACAGGCUCCAGGGGAGACAGACUCACAGCUCCAGCUUGGACAAGACGAGGUGAGAGAGCUGUGUUCGCAUCAUCUCCACUAACAAUUAGCCAUGGAUUUAAUUAGCACUUUCUCGCUACCACAAAUCUGUAUAAUUUACAACACAAAGGGGCCUUUUUUAUUCAAAGUAACACAUUUAGAUAGCACAUCAGCCUGUAAUAGACUAACAGAUUGAUGAAUUGUGUUGUGGUUUCCUGAUCGGUGCAAUAGUAAUUAGUGUACGGGACUGGAAGAGAUGCUGAAUGUUCUUAUCCAGUGUUUGUUUAUUAGGAGGGUUUGUCAGAGAGAGGGUUUCCGUGCUUCUUCUCUUUUAGGUAUUCAUCAUCUGAAGGAGAAAGGGACAGCAAGACUGGAUUAAAGAAGCACCACCGUAGACCAGAGAGAGAGAGAGAGACAGAACGAGAGGGAGAGAAGAAAAAAAAGAGCGAGAGAGAGGGCUGAAGGAGCUGGCCUGAUUUGAGCUCAUCAUUAGGAUUCAAGGAGCUAAGACGUUGAGACCGAGAGGAAGGGAAGUCGAUCAUCAGCACCAUGGCGCCGGAGGGAGUGGCCGAGCUGCGUGAUUGGCUGUUCCUCCUGAUGCUCUGCCUGACUCUGUUGGCUGAGGUGCUGGAGGUUGCUGCAGCCACAGGGUACGAGGAGGAGGAAGACUUGGUGUGCCCCUCAGUGUGCCGAUGUGAUGAGGACUUCAUCUACUGCAACGACCGUGGCCUGAGCUCUAUCCCCCCUCUGCCCCCCUCUGCCACUGUGCUCUACCUUCAGAACAACCACAUAGACAACGCCGGGCUUCCCACCUCCCUGGAGCGACACCUAACCGUCCGAGUGGUCUACCUGUACGAUAACGAGCUGGAUGACUUCCCCAUGCACCUGCCCCCUUCCCUCCGGGAGCUGCACCUGCAGGACAACAACAUCCGUACGCUUCCCCGCGCCACCCUGGCCCGCAUGCCUCUACUGGAGAAGCUGCACCUGGACGACAACUCUGUCUCCACCGUCAGCAUCGAAGACAAGGCCUUCGUUGACAACCCGCGGCUGCGUCUGCUCUUCCUGUCUCGUAACCACCUGUCCAGCAUCCCCUCUGGGCUCCCGGCCUCCCUGGAGGAGCUGAGGUUGGACGACAACCGCAUCUCCACCAUCCCCACCCACGCCUUCCGCGGCCUCUCCUCCCUGCGACGCCUCGUCCUGGACGGAAACCUCCUGGCCAAUCAGCGCAUCGCAGACGACACCUUCUCCCGCCUCUCCAACCUGACGGAGCUUUCGCUGGUGCGUAACUCCCUCCUGACACCGCCACUCAACCUGCCCAGCGCCCACUUGCAACGUCUCUCCCUGCAGGACAAUGCUCUGAUCCACAUGCCCCGUGGCUCCUUGGACGGCAUGAGGAGGCUCCAAAGACUAGACCUGUCUGGCAACAACCUGACCACCCUGCCUCGGGGCCUGUUCAAAGACCUGGACAGCCUGGGACAACUGCUGGCGCGGGGGAAUCCCUGGCACUGUGGCUGUAACCUGCGCUGGCUACAUGACUGGCUGCACGCUAGGGGUAACUCCAUCACGGUGAGGGGCCUCACCUGCCAGGCGCCCGAAAAGGUUAGAGACAUGACCCUCAAGGACCUGACCAGCCAGAUGGAGGAGUGUGAAGUCACAGGGGUAGUGCCUGCCGGAGCCGGGGCUGGAGCCACAGGCAGUGGGACCAGAGACAGAGUGGGUGGAGUAGGAGGAGUUGCCGCUAGCUCCACCACCCUUUCCCCUCCACAGGGCUCCCUCUUCACCCUGCGCUCCAAGCGGCCCGGCCUGGGGCUACCAGACUCUGGUCUAGACUACACCCUGGGUAGCAGUGGAGUGGGUAAGAGCCUGGCCCUGAAUGUCAAGCCCCUGGCCCACGACAGCAUUCGUGUCACCUGGAGCGUGGCCCAGCCCACCUCCUCCUUCAGACUCAGCUGGCUGCGGCUGGGCACCAGCGCUGCCAUGGGCUCCAUCACAGAGACCCUGGUGAGAGGAGACCGCAGAGAGUACCUGCUCACCUCCCUGCAACCCCGCUCCAGCUACAUCAUCUGCAUGGUGCCCCUGGCGGCCAGCUCCGGGGGUAAAGGAGCCAUGGCAGGCGGAGACACUGACUCAGAUGAAGCUCCAGUGUGCGCUAAAGCUGAGACGUCAGACCCCGGUCAGCCAGAUGUGGGCCAGGAGGACAACCAGGACCCGGAACACAUGGCUACUCUGCCUCUGGCUGGGAUCAUUGGAGGAGCUACUGUCAUCGUUUCUCUGGCCCUCAUAUUCGCCAUCUUCUGCUGGUACGGGCAUCGGGCCGGACGCCUGUCUUCUCGUGAUCAAUACAGCCGUGGCAGCUCCAGGAAGAGCAAGCACUACGAUGACUACAUUGAGUCAGGCACAAAGAAGGACACCACCAUCCUGGAGAUCCGAGGCCCAGGGUUCCAGAUGACGCCCAUGGUUACCCACCAGCCGCCCAAGCCCCUCCGGGAGGAUUACAUCAUCCACACUAUAUUCCCCUCCAAUGGCACCGGCCUCUACAAAGGUGCCCACCAAGUGUCCAAUGCAGGGUAUGGCACCAACCGUGGCUAUAGAGAAAGAGGGAUCCCAGAUAUAGACUACUGUUACACGUGAUCGACCUGGCCCGUUCCACACUGUUCUAGAUGUACUGUAUGGAUACUGUAUUUUGUCCGCAUGGGUUCUUCUGAAGAGCCACUUCGUGCCUUCCUCUUCUAGUCUCCCAUUCCAACUAAGCCAGCGGUUCACUGCACUGACACUAUUUGAAUAAUUGGCUGGCGGGCCUGCAGGAAACAGCUAGCUGGUACACAAGCAGCAGGAGCGAACGAACGGCCCAUUCCAGGUGUUCACACGGACUGCUUCUUCACACACUUAGUAAUGAUCAGUGAAUGUUUUCCCUCACUGCUCCCUCUCUCAGUGACACAAGUGAGAAGAAUGUGCCCUCUGUGUUGAGACUGCAGGAUAUUGUCACUUACAGUACAGUUCCAUUCCAGGUCUUACGUUUGGCAAGCCACACCAGGAUAGAAGGUUCAAAAGUACUGAAAAGGGUCAGAGAGACAAACCUCUUAGAUACGCAUCACUUGCCCACUGGCCAUAUUUUGCCCUCUUGUCUCGUCCGUUUAAAAUGCCUCAACUAUCCUGUGGCGCCCAGUGUGUCCUAUCAGUUACCUGAAGACAGGGCUCUGUAAAAGCUGUGAAUAGUUCUUUCAAACAGCCCACAUAACCGCUUGUCUUAAAGCAGACUAGUUGUGGCCUGGUCCAGUGGUUCCAACGGGCGAGGGUCUUGUCAGGGGUGAGGGUCUUGUCAGGGGCGAGGGUCUUCUCAGGGGCGAGGGUCUUGUCAGAGGCGAGGGUCUUGUCAGGGGCGAGGGUCUUGUCAGGGGCGAGGGUCCUUGAUGAUAUCCCUGAUGACUUUCGCAAGUUAACGGAACAAUGCAUUGAAUUCAAUUGCUUGUAGACACUUUACUUAGAUAGACAUCCACUGGACUGUGUUUGGAGAAGUCAUUGUUCCCUGCGUGUUUCUUUGAUCAGUCCCUCACUGCUACCCUUAUUUAUUGGUUUUGUUUUUGGGGAUUUU